CCAAGGUUCAUUCUAGACAAGCUGAUAUUUUCAACCGCUCUUCAAAGGAUUUUGGUGUUUGCAACAUGGCUUCAAACUUCACCAUCAGCCUGUUGCUCCUUGCCUCAAUCGCAUGCCUCGCCAAAGGCUGCUGUCCAGAGAAGUUCAUGCAGGUCGGCGACCGCUGCUACCACUUCAGCUCCUACAAGAAAACAUGGUCCGAUGCGAAUCGUGAGUGCGAAGAUCUGGGGGCGCAUCUAGUGAGCCUCCACAGCUCUGCGGAGAGUGAAGACGUCUAUAACCUUUGGAAGAGUUUCACCGAUGUGAGUUACGCAGAUGACGGAAACCGGGCCUAUUGGAUUGGCCUAAAUGACAGGGAAUACGAAGGCUCAUUUAAGUGGAGUGAUGGGACCAGCGUCGACUACUACCACUGGCAGUCCGGCGAACCAAACAACGACAGGGGAGAGGAUUGUGUGUCUCCCCGUAAUUAUGGUAGCAGUGACUAUGACAGACAAAAGUGGAACGACUACGACUGCGACGAAAAUAAGUCCUUCUUCUGCUACAAACCUUUCACCUCCUAAAACACUGGCAAAUAUUCCCCAUGUGUCAAAUCAACUGCAUCGCAAUAUUAACAUAACACAACAACUAAAUGCAACAAUAAUAAUAAGAACAACACAAACAGAACAUAGAAAUAUUCAGAAGAGAAGACAAAGAAAAAAAAACAUUGAUUCCAAUUGAAUAACAACUGUCCCUACUAACA